UGAACCACUGCGCCCGCCCGGGAAAAGCUUUGGAGGAGCAUCUUCUGGGAUGCGUCCCAGGCCAGAUCCCGGCCCUCCAGCCCAUCUGGCCACCUGAGCCGCGGGCUAGGCCGGGUCCCACCUCUAAACCGCUCCCGAGUAGGGGCCCCAACCCACAGUUCCGUCCGGAGACCCGGUUCUAACCUCACCUUUUCCUCUGAACUUGUUUCUGCAUCUCGCUGUCCGAGCCAACCCGAGGCUCCGUCCGCACCCACCCGGGAAAAAACUAGGAUAGAAAUUCUGUGUUUGACCCGGUUGAAACUCCAGUCCAAGAGCCCCGCCCGGCCCGAAGAUCAGAACGGAAGUGACGUCAGCGCGCCUUUUCCGGCGCUACCUCCGAGUGUUCAGUGCCAUUUCGCUUUUAUGGCGGUGGAGGUCACCUGGCUGUGGUGAGUUCUGCCUGCUUCGGGGUCCCGGAGAUAGCAGAGGGGGAGGCAAAGGAAGGAUUGGGCCUGGUCGCCCAGGAGCCUCUCGGAUCCGGCUCGUUUCACUCGCUUCUCCAGGGGCUGUCUUUCCUCCCGGCGCGGCCAGUUCCGAGAGUCGGCACGCUCGGUCGGUCCCUGUGGAGCCGGGUCGGGCAGUGUGUUUGUCCCGCUUCCGCGGGGUGUUUUCUGGAGUGCUUCCAUCUUCUGUGCUCCCCUCUUCAAAAGCUUGGAAAGCGGCGUUUGUGAAUUUUUUCUUUCUGAAAGGAAGAGGAUUUCUGUCUUCUGGUGAGAUUGGCUCCGGCCGCGCAUCGUCCUGCCUCAGGAACCUGGCGAUUCCGGCGUGUUCCUGGUGAGCACCGGCAGAAGACUGGUUUCAGAAGAGGACCUGUUCAGACUUAGUCUGUGCCUUGACUGGAGGAGGAGGAGGAAAAGUUGAGCACAUUGCCAAUAGGAGUUCUCCAAGGUUCCUAAGCUUCCCUGAGGCGAACUUGGCAUGAAGGAAGAGAGAAUUGAGGCGCAUCUCACCAUCAGCUUCAGAGGAUGGCAGCCAUUGACUUGUCCUGUGGGUUUUUUUCCAGGGAACCAAUCUGCCUUUUUGAAGAAAAGACAAAGGUAGAAAGGACGGUCGUGGACUACCUGGCAAAUGGUUAUCAGGAUUCAGUGACCUUUGAUGAUGUUGCUGUGGAGUUCACCCCAGAGGAGUGGGCUUUACUGGACACAACUCAGAAAUACCUCUACAGAGAUGUGAUGCUGGAGAACUACAAGAACCUGGCCUCUGUGGGUUGUCAGCUGUUCAUACCCAACCCGACCUCUUGGUUAAAACAAGAAGAGUUGAAGACAAUGGAGAGUGGAGUUCUUCAGCAAUGGGAAAUACAACCUAGAACCCAAGGGUUAUCACUUCAGCAGAGUUUUUUGAAGAAUGAAAUCUUCAGUGGGAUACAAAUGACAAGCUACAGUGGAUGGAAACUCUGUAAAAAUUGUGGAGAGGUCUUCAGUGAACAGUUUUGCCUUAAGACACACAUGAGAGCUCAGAAUGGAGGGAACACUUCUGAGUUUAAUUGUUAUGGAAAAGAUGUCCUCACUGUGCACAAGGAACCCUCUGUUGGACAGGAACUUUCCAAAUUUAAUCCAUGUGGAAAAGUCUUCUCCCUAACUACAGGCCUUGCAGUACAUCUUCAAAUUCUCAAUGCAAGAAAACCCUACAAAUGUAAGGAAUGUGGAAAAGGCUUUAAGUAUUUUGCAAGCCUUGAUAAUCACAUGGGAAUCCACACUGGAGUGAAGCUCUGUGAGUUUAAGGAAUGUAGGGGAGCCAUCACAGCUUCCUCACAUCUAAAGCACUGUGUAACAGUUCAUACUGGAAAGAAAUCCAAAGAGACUGAGAAAUGUGAGAAAUCCUUCACUAAUUUUUCUCAACUUUCUGCACAUGUGAAAACUCAUAAAGGAGAGAAGUUCUUUGAAUGUAAAGAAUAUGGAAGAGCCUUUAGAAAUUCCUCAUCCCUUAAUGAGCACAUUCAAAUUCACACUGGAAUAAAACCACACAAAUGUACAGAAUGUGGGAAAACAUUCACUAAAUCAACUCACCUUACUCAACAUGUAAGAACGCACACUGGAAUAAAACCCUAUGAAUGUAAGGAAUGUGGGCAAGCCUUCACUCAGUACACAGGUCUUGCUAUACACAUUCGAAAUCACAGUGGAGAGAAACCCUAUCAGUGUAAAGAAUGUGGAAAAGCCUUCAAUAGAUCUGCAACCCUUACUCAACAUAAAAGAAUUCACACAGGGGAGAAGCCUUAUGAAUGCAUUGAAUGUGGAAAAACGUUCAUUACUUCUUCACAUCGUAGUAAACAUUUGAGAACUCAUACUGGAGAAAAGCCCUUUGUAUGCAAGGUAUGUGGGAAAGCGUUUAUGUUUUCCUCAGCCCUUAAAGUACACUUGCGAAGUCAUACUGGAGAGAAACCUUUUGUAUGUAAGGAAUGUGGGAAAGCAUUUGCUGUUUCCUCACGCCUAAGUACCCAUGAAAGAAUUCACACUGGGCAGAAACUCUAUGAAUGUAAGGGUAUGAAUGUUACCAUUUAGCCCAUCAGUUGCCAUUUUUAAUUAUUGGCCAUGACACCAGAGAUCAUCAGAUUUGUCCUAAAUGCCUUGCAAAGGUGUGUAAUGGCUCAUGGAUUGGCCUUUGAUGCCAUCCGAGAGUCUGAAAUUACAGACUAAUACAACUUCUUCAUGGUUCUGAAUACAACUUCUUCAUGGUUGCCUGAGUCUGGGCAUCUGUGAAGAAGGGUCAUGGAUGGUAAGGUCAGUACUGCAGCCUCCCUCACCUUGGUGAUUAGAUUCCUAGGAUCAUGGUAUUAACAAGUUCUGAAUGAGAUAAAUCAUGCAAGUUCGUUUUAUCCCCUGUCAGUUAGUGGCUGCCAGUGUAGCACAUUCAUGUCAAAAUUUACUGGAAGCCAAGGUGAUAUAGGCCCAGAGGUGAACUGUUGAAAGAUGUUCUUCCAAGGGUCUCUUCUGUUCCUAUGGAUCUUGCAGAGCAUGGCAGAAAUUAAACCAUCCUUAACUGCCAGUGUACUUUCACAGCUGAUUAUUACUGUGUCAUCUUAUAAAAUCUAAGAAGUGUAACA